AGAGAAGAAAAAACAACGACAUACUCAUCACACAAACAAACCGUUGCAGAAGUUGGAAUUACAAUCCAAGUUAAGCCAGGGUCAGAUCAAUCGAUUUGGACCCAAGAGCAAGCGUCAGAUAGAGUCAGUUUCGAUCGAAGUAGAGAAAGAGAAGUGAGAAAAAAAGACUGUGGAAUUGCAAACUGAAACCUAUUGUCGCUGCCGUCACCCCACCUUGGUGCUGGAUGGGCGCGCUAACUAAAAAUAGAAACAACUACAACUAAAGCAAUUAGUCCAAAAGCCUGUAUCAUUAACGGAUAGCCGUGUUAGCUGUUUUCUAAGCUUGGCCAAUGUUAGCAAUGGAUACCCCAUCAUCCAUCGAUCAGGAGAUCGAUACCCUCAGUGAUGGCAUUGGCUCAUCAAUGCCUGGAUCUGGAACUGGGACCGGUAACGUACCCAUGGCAGUGAAAUCUACAUUGGACAUCGUGAGGCAACGCUUCAAGGAGGACGAGAUUGUUCACUAUAUAUUUGAGGCCUAUCAAAUUCAGGGUCAGGAAUAUUUAGAUCGUCUGCUGGCCUUGGUCUCCUCGGAAUCGGGUGGCACAUAUGCCAUUAUUGCGUUCUCCUAUUUACGCACCCCUCUAACUACUGCCAAUGAAUUGAUUAUUAACAAAGUUUUUGCUUUAAACGAGAGUUUCCAACUUCGUCAGGGAGAUGGGAAGGGCUCGAUUACGACAAUGCAAUUUGAUCUAUCUACCGCUGAAGAUAGACCUAUCAAAUAUUAUUAUUACCCAUUAAAAUCGCAAGAGUACGAAGAGUUUGUGGCAAAAGUGAUAUCUUGUAAGAAUUCUAUGUAUAAAUGUGAUCCAGAGGCGGUGCUUAACUUUAGUUGGCUCAAUGACUAUCGUCAAAUUGGCGAAGUGAAACAGGAAUUAAAGAAACGUGAGGCAGAGUACAUUGUUUAUAAGGACAUUAUUAUCUAUUGUGCGACAUGGAAUGUGAACAAUAAACCUUGCUGUGAUAGCAACAGUCCGCUACGCUCUUGGUUAGCAUGCAGCGAAAAAUCGCCCGACAUUUACGCAAUUGGCAUACAAGAACUGGACACGCCUACCAAGGCCAUGCUGAAUUCCACUCAAAUGCAGGCCACUGUCGAGCAGUGGACUCAAAAGAUGGUGGAAAGCUUAUAUCCCGGCGUGGAAUAUGAAGUACUACGUUCAGUUCGCCUGGUGGGUAUCAUGCUGAUCGUUAUUGUGCGUAAACAACUACGGCAGCAUAUUCUGCGUUGUCAACUCAAUUCGGUGGCUCGUGGUGUUCUUAAUACACUGGGCAACAAGGGUGGCGUGGCCAUUAGUCUGCAGUUACACGAGGGCAACAUUUGUUUUGUCAACUCACAUUUGGCAGCCCACAUGGGCUAUGUAGAUGAACGUAAUAAGGACUAUAAUGCAAUUGUUGAGGGCAUGCGAUUCGAUGACCGGCGCACCAUUAGUGAUCAUGAUCAUAUCUUUUGGCUGGGUGAUCUGAAUUAUCGUAUACAAGAGCCGCCCGGUCAACAGCGGCCAGGACCCUUGACAGAUGCUCAAACGUACGAGCUUCUGCUACAGUACGAUCAACUGGGUCAGGAGAUGCGUAAAGGCAGAUGUUUCGAUGGCUAUACAGAGGGAGAGAUCAAAUUCCGGCCCACCUAUAAAUACGACCCGGGUACGGAUAACUAUGACAGCAGUGAGAAGCAACGAGCUCCCGCAUACUGUGAUCGUGUGCUAUGGAAGGGUACACGAAUCGAGCAAUUGGCGUAUGAUAGCAUCAUGGAGAUCCGACAGAGCGAUCACAAGCCGGUCUAUGCCAUAUUUCGAGCAAAAAUUAAAAAGCGCGACGAGAUCAAGUAUAAAAAGGUACAGGAGGAGGUCCUCAAGGCCGUCGAUAAAAGGGAGAAUGAUAACCAGCCGCAGAUUACCGUGGAGACAGUGAGCAUCGAUUUUGGACGUGUACGUUUCAAUGAGCCGAGCAUGCAGGACUUUAAUGUGUAUAACAAUUGUCCGCUGCCCGUUGACUUUCGCUUUAAAGAGAAGGACAUGCAUGAUAUAUGCGAAAAGUAUCUGCAAGUGGAUCCACGUCAGGACAGUUUAAUGAUUGACUCCGCACGCAGUAUACGAAUAAAGCUACUCGUGGAUGUUCGCACGGUGGGUAAUUUGCUCAAGAAGAUACGCACUAGCGAUAACUUUGAUAUACUCAUACUGCAUGUGGAGAAUGGUCGCGAUAUAUUUAUAACAGUGACGGGCGACUAUCAGCCGAGCUGUUUUGGCCUAUCCAUGGAGACAAUGUGUCGAACGAAUCGUCCGCUCAGCGAGUACACUCAGGAACAAAUCAAGCAUUUGAUGAGGGACGAGUCCCCGGAGUAUCAGGUUACCAUGCCUAGAGAAUUCUUUCUGCUUAUUGAUUAUCUGCAUAGGCAGGGCUCUAAUCUCGAAGGUUGUUUCAAUGCGCACGACUCACGUUAUUCCCUGGGCGGUCAUUUCAAUGCAGUGCGGGACUGGCUGGACACCUGGUCGAACGAGGAAUUCCCUGGCAAUGUUCAGACUGCCGCCCAGGCCCUGAUGCUACUGCUGGAGUUACCGGAACAGUCGUUACUCGAACCCUUCGUAGAGGAUCUUCUGGCCAGCUCAAGCAAAUCAAAGGCCAUGGACUAUAUUGCUUUAUUAAGUGCGCCAAAGCGCAAUGUCUUUAUGCAUUUAUGCAUGUUUCUACGUGAGGGCAUUUUAUGCCAAUAUUAUGAUCUGCAGCAAGUUGCCCUCAUAUUUGGUCGGAUAUUACUCCGUGGCAGUAGCAGUAGUUCCCGAAUGGAUUAUAAUAGCCGCUGCAUACAAUUUAUGCGAUUCUUUAUUGAUAGCGAUAUCUCUGACUCGGCAUUGGGAAAUGGUCAUGCUAGUGGAAGUGGCAACAUACAGGCCAAAUCGUCAACAUCAGCAACAUUUUCAUCAUCACAGUCCCGAUAAUUAUUAUAAAUCCCAAUGUAUUUAAGUCUAUUGUUGUUUAGUCGUAAAAUAACUUAUUUUUCUUGUAA